UCUGUUUUUUAAGUUUCAAAUUUCUUAUGGGUUAGUCAUAGAUGGCAGCAGAAGAAUAAACAUCACAUUUUUCUAUCUUUGACAGAAACCUUUAAAUAAAUAACAUUGUAUCUAAUUCGACACCUAGUCCAUUUGAUAAGAAAUUACUCAAUUCUCUACUAUUUUACGAAAAAUUUAUGUUUCCAGUGUAUUAAGAAAUUUCUGUGAUUGAUCAAGUACCUAUAGUUUAAAAAAUUAACAAUGAGUAAUAAGACUGGUAAUACAGGAGAAAUAGAUCCUAUACAGGAGGAGCUAGCUGGUCGUGUGCGAGAAGUUGGAAACCAUGCAAUUUGGAGUCUGUCCAGUUGUAAGCCUGGCUUUGGCGUAGAUCAGUUGCGCGAUGACAUAACAGAGACAUAUUGGCAGUCUGAUGGACAACUUCCACAUCUGGUAAACAUUCAGUUCAAGAGGAAAACAACGAUUCGUGACAUAUGUAUAUACACAGAUUAUAAAUUAGAUGAAAGUUAUACACCCAGCAGGAUAAGUAUCAGAGCAGGUACAAAUUUUAAUGACCUCCAAGAAAUAGAAGUAAUGGAUCUGAAUGAACCAAGUGGUUGGGUUAUCAUUCCCAUAAAGGACAUAAAUGAUAGACCUAUUAGGACAUUUAUGAUACAAAUAGCAGUAAUAAGCAACCAUCAGAAUGGACGAGACACGCACAUGAGACAAAUUAAAGUUUAUAGUCCCACACAGGAUGUUCUUGGACCACCUGCUCCCUACAUUGCAGGCCACUUCCUUACCAAUGAAUUUUUGCGUUAUGCUACAGUUAGAUAAAGAAAUAAUCGUUGUGGAAAAAAUUGUAAUAACAAGGAAUAUUAAUGAAAUAUUCAUUAGAGUUCA